GAUCACGUGUCAUGACAAAUCUCGUGAAUGAUACGCGGGCAAUCCGCCGACAGAAGCUGCCCGCGUUGGAGCCUAUCCAAAAUUGACGGUGCGUCCUCGACGAAAAUGUAACGCGUGCGUUCGCACCACGAAUGCUGCGCGCAUAUCUCGUAUAUCAUCAAGCAGCCACAGGAGACGCGACCCGACGAUCACGAGAUAAUGUAUGUGCACGACGACGCGAGAGCGAAUAAUUGGCCAGGUGAGCGCGCCCUCGAGGCCGCGUUAAAUCCUCCGGCGCGAUUAACCGACGUAUUUUUGGUGUAAUUCAGAACGCAGACGGAAAUAACUGAACGCGCGUGGAGAAAUAAUCUCAUUUCGCGCAGUCACAUCUCUCGCCGGUUGAAGCCGCGAGACCAGUAAAAUUGUCUAAUUUUCAUCGCGCGAUUGUGCGUCUGCAUAAUUCGCAUUACUGCACAGUUACUUACGUAAUUUUUUGUGAAACCGCACCGAGUUACACACACGUGGAGUACGCGUGACAUUCCGCGACUGCAGCGAAAGCUCGUUCCCACAGGUAGGUUAAUAUUUCCCAGAGGGAAAUCGCGAUAUCGAGACCCACGCUUGACGGACAGAUUAAAUUCGCAACGCGCGGAGAGCCCGAGAAGCCCGUGAAAUUUUUAGCACGAUCGCGAAGGACGAGCAAAAAGCGAGCAGUACUCAUGGAGAGCCGAAAAGAUUCUGUCGAAGAAACUUUGGACCGUGCUGUGCAUCAAAGAAACACAACCGAGACGGAACCGAGUCGUUCUGUCAUCGUCGAGCCGAAAAUCCCCGAGACUAUAAACGCGAGGAAGGAAAAAGGGCGAGUCACGAGUGCUUUCCGAAGGAGUACUACUCGAGAAAACAAAGGAAUAUCGAAGGAAACGAACGCGUCGGGAUCUUACUCUGAGGUAGCCGAUGACGCUAUCCAGAGGGGAAAUAAAUCAGCCCGGGAGAGCGAAGGAGACGCGAUGGUGGCGCGGCAGGUAACCUCCGCGGAUGGUACUUGGCCUCGGCGCGAAUCGGACGGGCCAAAGCGGCUGGUUCAAGAUCCAAGAAAGAUCGGCGCACGCCGUCGGCAGCGCCCGUUCUGCGACAUGAUCGGCAGGCGAGAACAACGGCGAGAAGAGCUGGGGAAAAUGGAGGGAGACCUGCGGCAGCGGCUGGACAUGCUGGAAUGCUCGAUGCCGGCGAUGAUGGCGUGGAACAUCUGCAGGAUGACGCAGGGCAUGUCCGCCUGCGGGGUCAGGCGCGUCCUGGAGGAGCAUUUCAAAACGGCGAGCGAGCUGCCUUCGCGCGGCACCCCGAGCUGUCAUUACGACUGCAGGGUGCGAGAGGUCGAAGCCGAGAGGAAGCUGGCGCUGAAGAAGCUGGAGGAGGCGCGGGCGCUCUGGACCGAGAAGAUCCAAGCGUUGGGGGAGCGAAAGCGACAGCUAGAAGAGGCGAGGAAGGUUCAAGAGGAGCAGAGGCAUGCGAUGGAACGGCUGAACGAGGAGAUCGAGGCGCUGCGUGAAGCGGCGGAAGAAGAAUCGUGCCGACACGGCAAGUGCAGCGACAAGCGAUGCGGGCCGAGAUGGCUCGCCAAGGUGUUCAGCGUGACGUCCAUCGAGUCCGGGGACGUCGAAUGCCUGGGGAAGCUGGAGCAAUUGGCGGAGGAGGAACUGCUCAUCAAGAAGGACAUCGCCGAGCUGGAACGCCGCGAGGACGCUUACAUGAGGACGCUUCAGCGAGCCGACGAGCUCUGGUCGAAGGCGGAGGACGACGCGGUAAGCGCGGCGAGCGCGCUCCAGGAGCAAUUGGACACGAAAACCGCGGCGAACCAGCAGCUAGCGGGUCGCGUGUGCGAGCUGGAAGAUGCGCUGGAGCAAUAUAGGGCGAGGAUGGCGGCCUGCAGGAGCGAGCUGGAGAAGUUUCUGAGCAUCGAGAAACUCGAGGCCGUGAUAGGUCGCGACGACGACGUCGCCGAAGUGACGGACAGGGCGGUGGCGGUGAGGCCGAAGGUGACGCAUCGACCGAUCGGCCGGCUCGACGACGUAGCUACGGUGAAGGACGAUGAGGUGCUGGCGAGGGUCGAGGUUGCGGACGAUGAGGUGCUGGCGAGAGUCGAGGUUGCGGACGAGGAGGUGUUGGCGGUAAUUGCCGCGACGGACGCCGACGCCACCGCGGCGAUUCUCCUCGGAGACGAUAAGUACGUGUCGGCGAGACCCGAGUCAACCGAUCUCGCCGUUGAUCGUCAGGUUGACCUCGUGCCAGUCACGGAGGAGGAGAGCGUUGUACGGCCGGAAGACUUCGACUACGAGCAGCGGAGAUUCCAGGAAGUCAAGGAAUAUUUGGCCCAGUUGGACUCGUUAGAGGAGCUCUACGAGGAUGACGGCGAGCCGUGCCCGCCUGAUUUCGUGUGCAACGGCGUGGUAGCCUCGCCUACCGGCAUGACGGACGAGGAGCUGAUCGCGAUGGGUAUGGAGCCCAUAGCCGAAGCAACGGAGGAGGCCCGAAAAUUGGCCGCGAACGAGGAGCAGCGAAGAAGGAUGGAGGCGGCGAAGAUCACGGACGAGAUAGAGCGAAGAGCUCGUGUCGACACCGAGAGAAAAGUACCCGUCGCGGACGACGGACCGAUAACGACGCCGAAAGUGAGGAGACUCGACCCCGACCAGGACGUCGUGAUAAGACGGGACGAGCUCUUGUCGUGGAUCGGCAAGAUCGAUACGAUUCGCACCAAGAUAGCGAAGUAUCCUGAACUCCAAACGGUGAAGAAGGAAGCCGACAUCUUGGCCGAACAGAUCGGCGCGUAUAUAGGGGUAAAACCGAAGGAAGUGGUGGCAGACGAAGCGGAGAAGAGACUCGGCGAGGACGAGAUCAAAUAUGUGCGGGAGGUACCAGCAGAGUUGCCUAAAAUAGAUUCCAUUGAAGAGACGCAAGUAAAAUUGCCGGAUGUAAUAACGAAAACAACGGAGAUGGAUAUGGAACGAGCGAAGUUGGAAGACAAAUCGGUGGUUCCGGGAGAGGAAGUGAAACCUGAAUCGAAAAUACCAUCGACACCGAUCCCGCAUUUAAUAGAAGCCCCCCCGGUGGAGGUGGAUUUAGCAAAAGAGGAAACAUCAGCUGAACCUCCCACGGUGGUUUCGUUAGAAACACCUCGAGUCCAAAAGACAGAAGCGGACGAUGAAACGGCUAAGCCAGUAAACGGGGAAAAACUAAUCGCUGAGAAAGCUGAGCGAGAGGAAAAGGAAAUGAUAUCCAAGCGCGCGGAAAGAACUGAAAUAAUGACGGAACCUAAAGUAAAAGAGCCAUCGACGCCGUUCUUGGAGGAAACACCAGCAGAAAGGGAUCUGAAAAAAGAAAUAAUACAAGUGGGACUUACUGAAGCGAUUUCGACAGAACCACCUGGAGUUCAACAGAUAGAAGUGGACGACGACAUGACGAAGCUUGAAGAAAGACUGAGAGUUGAGAAGGCGAAACGAAAAAAAGAAGAAACGAUAGCCGAGCAUGCAGAAAGAAUUGAAAUGCAAAUAGAAUCUGAAAUGGAAGAACCAUCGACACCGGCCGCGCGCUUUGAGGAUGCACCAACGGAGGCGGAUCUAAAAGAGGAAGUAACAGCAGAACCUUUUAGACCAGUGGUACCCUCUAAACCGAUAGAACCGCCUCAAAUUCAACAGAUUGAAGCAGACGAUGACGCGACAAAGCCUGUAGACGAAAAACCACUAGUUGUUCAGCAGGUAGAACGGAAAGAAGAAGAAGAAGAAGUAAUACCUGAGAGAAUUGAAUUUGAAAUAGAAGAUCUGCCGAAGGAAAAAGCGAUAGUAAAGGAAGCAGAGGAACCUCGCGUGGAAAUCAUAGAGAUGGAAGCAGCUGCGCCUGUUGAGACGAAGAAAAAGACAAAACCAGCGGAAGAAGCGGAACCGAUAGUAGCGGAUGCGAAAGAGGUAGAGGAACUCACGGUAGACGAGGUUUCGCCGGGAGUGGACUUGGUGAAGGUGGAGGAGGUCAAACCUAGCGAACUUCCGAUCGUAGAAGUAGAAGAAAUUGAAGCGAUAAAACAGCCCGUGCUCGAAACAGAAGUCACGAAAGCAAGAGACGAAGAGAUGGAAAGGGUCAUGCCGCCCGUCGCGCCACGAGAAGAGGAAGUGGAAAAAUUGCCAUCGAUAAAGAAAGCGGAGUUACCGGCGGAAGUCCCAAUGCUCUCGGAAUUGACGGCAAAAGUGAAACGCGAAGAAGCAGUGCUGCUGGAGGGAAAGUUCCAUGUCUUCGAAGCCUUCGAAGUGGAGGAAAAAAUUUUAAUCGUCAAAGCGAAGCCAUCCGAAGCCGCGGAGAUAUCGGCUGCGUCGAUCGAACCCCAACCACCCGUUAAGCCGCACUUCGUUCUGGAUCGAAGAAGUUCGAAGUUCGAGGAGCGGGAAUUGUUGUACGUUAUAGCCGAAGCGACGAAGCCAUCACCACCCACCAGCACGCAAGUGUCGCCGGUCGAGAAGCCCGCGGAGGAAGUCGAGAUUACUGCGCGAAGUGGUGUCGUUGAAGCGGAGCUAAUAACCAAGAUGCGGCUCCCAACCGCCGAGGGACGCCAUGCGCCGUCUGCGCAAAUUAUCAGCGAAUAUUUCAAAUCGGCCGAGUUGGAGGCGAACGCUGAGAUCGCUGGCGACCGUCCUGAAAUAACCGGCCGAAAAAUACCUUGGCGCAAACGCCUAAAGGACCAAUCGACCGUCACGACCACUAACGCCGGCUUACAGACGGAUAAAACGAGCCACGUUAGCCACGACCGAGUUGAAAGAGAACGCGCCAGGCUAACCACGGACGAACUUUUGCGAUCCAUAAAGAUCGCCGCCAGAUUAACGCGCGGCGACCCCGAACGCGAGAUCCGCACGAUCAAUUACGGCGUGCGAACCUCCGACGACGACGACGGGACGGCAACGAGGGCGGCCUGCAACUGUUGCUUGUGCGGGAACGCCGCGUCGUCGUCCUCGUCGUCGCCGACAAGACCCAAAUCGCAGAUUCAAUCGAAAACGACGGCGCCUCUGGCUGCCGCGUUUAAGCGUGCGUUCAUUCCUCUCAAGGCGGAUCACGUGAUACCGUACGACAGAUUGUGCCCGGACUGCAAGGCGAAGAUUCAGGGCAAAAUGACGCGCGACCAGUAUCGCGUCGAGCAGAUCGUCGGGAAGAUCUCGCACAAUCGCGAGAACCAGACCAGUUCGUUGGCGACGUCGUGCCACGUUGUUCCACGGAGGAGGACGAUCGAAAAGAAGGAUCAGAGUUGCUCAGCUAAGAUACCCAAACGGAAGGGUGAGGUCGCCGAGCAGAAGAAGAAGAAGCGCGAUACGCUGACAGCUGCGGAGCAGAUGGAGAAGAAGCCGCUGACGCCGAGUUGCAUUUGCUUUCAGCUCGAGAAGCCUAGCGCGGGGCCAAUGAGGAAAGGAAACUGCCACUGUGCGGAUUGAACGCGCGUUGUUAUUCCGCUCGACCGAUCGAGCACAGUCGUGUAAUCGGUGUAGAGUAUUCGGAAUUCUUGCGUCUUCGGCCCUGUCUCGGUGCUCAUUAUCGAUGGAUCACGGCGGGAAAAUGGCCGCGAGAGAGAGAGAGAGAAAGAGAGAGAGAGAGAGAGAGAGAGAGAGAGAGAGAGGGAAAGAGUCAUAAAUAGACUCAGGAAACGGGUUUCGCAGAAUUUAAUCAGUUCGCGAAUGGCAGUUCUUCGUGCUCGGUUUCCGACCGAGAUGGCGUGGAUAAAAUGCUAAGGGGAGGAUGAAAGAGAAAUGAGAGAGAAGAAAUCGUACGCAAUUUUCGAUAAUACGGCCCUUACAAUGCUGUACGCGCGAGCAAUUCCAUUAUACGAGCGGCUGCUAUCCCCGCGCUCUUAAUCCACUCGUUGCAGCGAGGCGCAUCGCAACGAUAAAACCACACAUAUACAGGAGGUGCAUUACAUAUUAUUACAUAAAAUAAAGAGCAAGCCAACGCCUGUACACGCGUUUAACCGUAGACAUGCUUGUUGUUUGGAUAUUUAAAUGCGAAUAUUUAAAUGUUCAACAUAGGAUGUACGUACGUGUACGUAUUCAAUAUAUGAAUAUGUAUUUAUGUUAAACGUUUGAAUAUUCGUAUUUAAAGAGUCAGACAAUAAGAAUGUCCAGAAUUAGGUACGCUCCACACGUUGCAACGAGGCGCAUCGCAACGAUAAAACCACACAUAUACAGAGAGUGGUACAUCAUUUAUUACAUAAAGUAAAAAGUAGACUAACGUCUCUCUCUGUAUAUGCGUAUCUAAUCGUAGACAUGCUUGUCAUUUGAAUCUUUAAAUGCGAAUAUUGAAAUUUCCGACACA